AUGGUCACAAUUUUUAUCACCCUCUACGUGCUCAUAUUCAACACGUUGCUCUGGACAGUUAGUGGUGCGAAAGAAAAUAGGAUUUUACACGUUGCCGCCAAUUCCAAAAGCACUUGGUCUAAACCCAAUCUGAUGAGGACCCAACGCUUUCAAAUGGGCCACGCGAACGUUAGCUUCUGCCAUCCGAUAGCGAAUUCUGAAGGGUCACCUAUUCCUAUGUCCAACUCUACGCAAGACAUCCAGUCAAUCACUCCAGUGAACCUGAGCCCAACCGAAUGUGCUAACCCCAAAUGCACCAUCCCCAACUUCGGUACACCUGUCCUA